AUGCAAGUUUGGAGGGAGAAAAAUGUUAUAAAGCCAGCACCUGGGAUAUUUCAACAGUUCACAGAGCAGGUCUGUGACAAAUGUCCAAAUGUUAAAUAUGAAAGAGAUGGUUAUUUCAUCACUGUCAGGCAUGCAAGAAGGGCAGUUGAGUCACCAGCUUUUGUCCUUUUACAAGAAGUGCUAUUUUUUGAGGAUGGUGAGCCCAUAAUUGAUGGAGAGUCUGGAGAUCUAAGGUUUCGUAUCCGUACAGCACCCCAUGGCCUCUUCAGAAGGGAAGGCAAUGACUUGCACACCACUGUCACUAUAACACUGGUUCAAGCACUUGUCGGCUAUGAGAAGACUGUUAAACACCUAGAUGAGCAUCUGGUGGACAUAAGCACGAAGGGAAUCACAAAUCCAAAGCAAGUGAGGAAGUUCAAUGGAGAGGGCAUGCCACUGCAUAUGAGCACCAAGAAAGGAUAUCUUUACGUCACGUUUAAGGUUCUCUUCCCAACCUCACUAACCGAGGAGCGGAAAACAAAUAUAAUAGCAAUUCUUUAUUAGAAUACAAAAUACGUGUUAUUUUUUGCUCAGUAUGUCUUCAAUGUAACA